CCAGGGCACAAGACAGCUUCUGCCAGCAAGCAGGUUCUACCAGCCACGUGGAGAAACAGAAAGCUGAUGGCACCGCUGAAUGGGACUCAGACAGCUAAGAACUGCACAGAUCCUGCCAUUCACGAGUUCCCCACAGACCUGUUCUCCAAUACGGAGCGACAGCAUGGAGCCGUCCUGCUGCACAUCCUCGGUGCUCUAUACAUGUUCUACGCCCUGGCCAUCGUGUGCGAUGACUUCUUCGUUCCGUCUCUGGAAAAGAUCUGCGAGAAACUCCAUCUGAGUGAAGAUGUGGCUGGAGCCACCUUCAUGGCUGCGGGAAGCUCAACGCCUGAGCUGUUUGCUUCUAUCAUUGGCGUGUUCAUCACCCACGGAGACGUCGGGGUUGGGACCAUCGUGGGCUCUGCCGUGUUCAACAUCCUGUGUAUCAUCGGCGUUUGCGGAUUGUUCGCGGGGCAGGUGGUCCAGCUGACGUGGUGGGCCGUGUGCCGAGACUCCGUGUACUACACCCUCUCUGUCAUCGUGCUCAUCGCCUUCAUAUAUGAUGAAGAAAUUGUGUGGUGGGAAGGCCUGGUGCUCAUCAUCUUGUACGGGUUUUACAUUCUGAUCAUGAAGUACAAUGUGAAGAUACAGGCCUUCUUCACAAUCAAACAAAAGGCCAUUGCCAACGGCAACACGGUCAGCAGCGAGCUGGAGGAUGGUAAUGAUUACUGUGGUAGUAGCUCUGAUGACCCUUCCAUGCCAUUGCUGGGGCCAGGUAAGGCUGAGCAGACAGGAGUGGCCAUGUUGUGAAACCACUGUCCCUUCCCUUCCUACACACAUACCCUCCCCCUGCUUAACGGAAGAACAUGUCCACAGUCACAUCCCUGGGAUUUCCCGGGGCCACUGUAGGAAGACCCAAGGCCUGCCUGGCUUGUCCGAGAUGCAGGGACUCACACCUCUAUCCCAUGUCGAAGGCCAGUGACGGGAAGCCGAGGACUUGGGGUGACAGAGCAGGCCCGGUUCUAGAGGACUGUUCUGGAGAGACCUCUGGCCGGUUGCCCAGAGGAACAGCUAGGCCAGGGCGGGCGGGCACAGCGCUGAGCAGGAAUUCCCAGACCAUCCCCGAGAGCCUUCCCUGGGACCCUUCCCAGGGGCUGCAGCCCGGCCUCCGCAGCUUCUCUUUGGCCCCCUGGUCUGAAUGUUCUGGGCUCUGGGGCUGGCCCUUGUCCUCUCUUGUCGGUUCUCCUAAUUGUCUACUGACCACUUGCUGCUUUAAAAACCUUGUCUUAAUCCAGCCAGUUACCAGGUGGGGCAGCUGCCAGGAAGGGGCGGGAAUUCACUCCCUUCCUCACCCAAGGCCAGUGUUAAGCCUGAGCGGGUUUUUAUGGAAAAACAGGCCUUAGGCCAUACCCUUGAGUUCACCAUGGAGCUGGUGAAGCUCAGAGGCGGGCCUGGCCACCUGAGGGCUCUCUUCUCUUCUGCCCAUGGCCCUGGGCAGGUCAGCCCUCUUUCAGGCGACUCUAAUUCAGUGGUGGGACCAGGUGGUCUGCAGGAGGCUGUUUGCCUGUGUCUGGGACGUGGGGCCAAAACCUAUACGCCUUGGCCCCUCCGAAGUCUUCCCCCUGGGGUGAGUUAGGCUCCUGCUGGGCACCUCCCGUGGGCACCUCGGGAAAGGGCGCUCUGUCCAUCACUGCUCCUGAGGGCUGACUCUCUCCAGCGGAAUGAGAAAGCCUCCUGGGCUGGGGGUGCAGGUGUGGCCAAGGCCACAGCCUGGCUGCCAGAGGCCCACCUGUGAGCCACAGAGAAAGGCGGCCUGCAGAGCCGGGCUGUGCCCAGGCCUGGUUCUCCGUGCCCUGCCCCAAGGGAGAGCCAUUUGCAGGGCAACCCUUCAGCAGGGGAGGAGCCCUGAGGCUGCUGUUUGGGAUUUUAGCUCCAUAGACAGUGGGGGCCAGGUCCCCACACAGUCCCUCAGGACAGGCCGAUUCCCGUCCGGGACAUAGUGUUCCCGGGGCCUCUGACCCUUCACGGCAGAGAGAGAGAUUCCAAGUGGUGAGUCAGCGCAGGCCGGCGGGAAACGCCCGCUUCCUCAGUGCCUGCCUGAGAGCUACCUACUGCCCGUGUGGCCGACGGAGGAGGCCCAUCCCCAGGGCCCUGGGUUUUCUCAAACUUGUACAAAUUUUUCAUGUCGCAUUUCAUUGCUGCUCAAGAAAGCAGAGCCCAGGCCAGCAAGCAAAGGGCCCUAGGACCGAGGCGGGGAGGCCCCGUGUCCUGCCUCUGCUGGGGGUCCAGCCUGUCUCGCUGGUCUCGGGGGGUCCUGCACACAGCCUGCCAGCCAGUGCCACCUUGACCUCUGCCUGGGCUCCCUGUGGGGCCUCCCCCGGCUGCCCCGGCCCUGGACUCCGCUUGGGCUUGGAGCAGGGAAGGAGGGGGCGCUACCGGCCUUGGCUGAACUGCCAGUACCACUGUGCAGCCACCCUGGGCUUGGAAACACUUGGUGGGCAGCACCAGGUCAAGGUACCCAGGGCGUCAGGUGUCACACUCUAUAGGCUCCCUCACUGGGAGCCCAGCUGUCCCCCAAGGCGGUGCCCAAGACAGGGCUGGUUCUGCGGUUCUGCCGGCUUCCGCAGGGUCCGGAGCAGGGGGUUUGGGCUUUCCUGCCGCACAGAGGGGCGGUGGGCACACGGGCUCCUACUCCUCGGAGUGGUUCGGGGUCAUGGGAUUCAGCCAGGAGAGGGGCCGUCCCGAAGGCCAGAGGCCCCGAGCAUUGAGACCCCCGUGGCAGCAGCCCCUCUACUAACCCUCCCUUCAGUAACCCCCGCACCUCGGCCACCA